UUUAUAUUAAAAAUAAUCAUCAUUGUCAUUUAUCUCAUGCAGUUAGUAAUUAGUUUAGCUAAAAAUUAAUAAAAGUUGUUUGACAUUUUUGUUACCGAUCGAGUCGAUGUGGUUUUAAUAAUCGUGCAAUCGUGGUUAGCGAUAAGAAUAAAUGGCGUUUUUAAUAGUAGUUGCUAACCUGUUAACCACACAAAAGACUAUUAACGAUGUAUUUUUAAAAGUGCACAAAUUUGUUGAAAACAUGUGAUUUAGCUGUGACUAAAUUAUAAAUUAUGUACUGCCUUCAGUGGCUUAUUCCUGUGUUACUGAUGCCCAAACCAUCAAACCCUGCCCUGGUACAAACUCAUGUUAUGUUUAUGGUACUGUAUUUAAUUGGAUUUUUUCUGGAAAGGAAACCCUGCACAAUAUGCAGUUUAGUGUUUUUAGCUACAGUAUUUUUAAUUUGCUACAGUGGAAUGGGAAACUGUUUAUUUUGGGCCUCGUGUUUUGAGAACGAAAAUGGUUAGUAAAAAAUCGAAUUGCAGUCAAGAGACGAUGUGCUUUUAACUUGUAUGAUUUUUUGGUCGAAACCGACAGUGGAGGAGUCCUAUAUAUUAUAUUUUUAUUAGAUCCCUAUCAUAAUUUAUUUUUUGUAUCAAGCUCUUCUGUAUAUAAAUUUGUUAUGUUUACAAUAUUAUUUAUUACAAUUGGCAUCUCCACCAAAGACGCCUCAUUUUACAUGUGUAUAUAUAAAACAGAUCUUAAGUUUGUGAAUUUUUUGACAUUGGAUUAGGAACACCAAUAAGCAUAAUUUAAUGCUAUUUGUACAGUUUAAAAUAAAUUUCUUCCAUGAA